AUGGCGAAACUGGCAAACGUUCUAAAGGAAGUUGACAGGAUUCCGGACGUUAUGGUGAGCUCGUGUGUCGCCUUCGGCUGCACUAAUCGUGCGAAGCAGAAGCCAGGAAUCACUUUUCACGUGUUUCCGAAAGACAAGACGCUGCGUGACGCAUGGCAGCGUGCUGUUCGGAGGGAUGGCUGGGAGCCUAAGAAUGCGGACGUUCUCUGCUCGGAGCACUUUGAAGCCAACUGCUUUGACAGGACGGGCCAAACGACCAGACUGCGACCAGGGAGCAUUCCUACCAUUUUUCCUGCGUUCCCUGCGCAUCUCCAGAAACCAGCGAAAAGAAAGCGAGAGGCCCCUAAGUGUCGGACUGCGCUGUCACCUGUCGUCAGUGCUGAGGCAGCGGUUGAAAUGCCAUAUGCCAUCUGA